CCUGCUGCCGGCGCCAUCCCUCGGCGCGCCCAACCCGGAACCCGGCGAGCGCGCGGGGGCGGGGAGGCGAGCGCGCGGAGCUGCCGGGCACCCCCGGGCCCCCCAGCCAUGUCGGCCGAGGAGAUGGUGCAGAUCCGCCUGGAGGACCGCUGCUACCCGGUGAGCAAAAGGAAGCUCAUCGAGCAGAGCGACUACUUCCGUGCGCUCUACCGCUCCGGCAUGCGCGAGGCCCUGAGCCCGGAGGCCGGCGGCCCCGAGGUGCAGCAGCUGCGCGGCCUCAGCGCCCCGGGCCUGCGCCUGGUGCUGGACUUCAUCAACGCCGGCGGGGCCCGCGAAGGCUGGCUCCUGGGCCCGCGGGGGGACCAAGGCGGCGGGGUGGAGGAGGAGGAGGAGAUGGACGAGGUGAGCCUGCUUUCCGAGCUGGUGGAAGCGGCCUCCUUCCUGCAGGUCACCUCCCUGCUGCAGCUGCUGCUGUCCCAGGUGCGGCUCACCAACUGCCUGGAGCUGUACCGCCUGGCGCAGGUGUACGGGCUGCCCGACCUGCAGGAGGCCUGCCUGCGCUUCAUGGUCGUCCACUUCCACGAGGUGCUGUGCAAGCCCCAGUUCCACCUCCUGGGGGCUUCUCCCCAAGCUCCGGGGGAUGUCAGCCUGAAGCAGAGGCUGAGAGAGGCCCGGAUGACCGGGACUCCUGUCCUUGUGGCCCUGGGAGAUUUCUUGGGGGGACCCUUGGCCCCUCACCCCUACCAGGGGGAGCCCCCGUCCAUGCUUAGGUAUGAGGAGAUGACUGAACGUUGGUUCCCGCUGGCCAACAACCUUCCUCCCGACCUGGUCAAUGUCAGGGGUUACGGGUCCGCCAUCCUGGACAACUACCUCUUCAUAGUGGGCGGGUACAGGAUCACUAGCCAGGAGAUCUCCGCUGCGCAUUCCUACAACCCCAGUACCAAUGAGUGGCUCCAGGUGGCCUCCAUGAACCAGAAGAGGUCUAACUUCAAACUUGUGGCUGUUAAUUCAAAACUCUAUGCCAUUGGUGGGCAGGCCGUUUCUAAUGUUGAGUGUUACAAUCCUGAGCAGGAUGCAUGGAAUUUUGUGGCACCCUUACCAAAUCCUCUGGCUGAGUUCUCUGCGUGUGAGUGUAAGGGGAAAAUUUAUGUCAUUGGAGGAUAUACUACGAGAGACCGAAACAUGAACAUUUUGCAAUACUGCCCCUCUUCCGACAUCUGGACGCUGUUUGAAACAUGUGACGUCCACAUUCGCAAGCAGCAGAUGGUGUCCGUUGAGGAGACCAUCUACAUCGUGGGGGGAUGUCUCCAUGAACUGGGGCCCAACCGGAGGAGCAGCCAGAGUGAGGACAUGCUCACCGUGCAGUCCUACAACACUGUCACCCGGCAGUGGCUCUACCUCAAGGAGAACACGUCCAAAUCGGGUCUUAACUUGACUUGCGCACUUCAUAAUGAUGGCAUCUACAUCAUGAGCAGAGACGUUACCCUAUCCACCAGCUUGGAACAUCGAGUUUUCCUCAAGUACAACAUCUUUUCAGAUAGUUGGGAAGCAUUUAGGCGUUUCCCAGCCUUUGGACAUAACUUGCUGGUUUCCUCUCUUUAUCUGCCCAAUAAAGCAGAAACCUAACUGAAUUGACUUAGUAUUUAAAAGAAACCUGGUUCAAGACACACAUACAAAAAAAAUGGUGGUGUCCCUUUUCAAGGGAGACUGAUUUCUAAAGGGAAAUUGUGGUUAAAGUAGUCACAUAUACAACAGCUGUAAAUAAGCUUACCUGAACUAAUUACUUGAAAACUGUGGAGAAAAGAGACCAACGUUAUUAUUUUUUUAAUUAUUGAUUUUUAAAUGAUGGGAGCAAAUCCAUAAUAAUGUUUUCAUUCAAAUAUGAUACCCUUGAAUCAAUAACUGAAACUGAUCAUCAAAAAGAAGAUUCAUUUGUAUCUGCUUAGUAAAGGGCCAAAGUCAAGAAUUGGUGUGAAUGGUAAAGAUGAUUUUAAAAUCUGUUUUAUUUAGGUCACUUGAAAUAUCAUUAAUACCUUAAGGGAGAGAUUUCUUUGUUGUUAUCAAUUUACUUGACAAACACUGAUUUUAACUAUCAUUCUCCCUUCCUCUCCCCAGUCAUACCGCGUACAUUUCCAGUAUGUUUAAAAUAUGGUUCUAUGUUCAGAUUUUUUAUUUGCACACUACUUUCCAGAACAGUGACAAUGAUGGAACCCUAUAGUGAAUUCUUGCAAACAUCCAGUCCUCCCCAAAACUUGCAUGAAAACAUUCUCAGCUAUUUUUCCAGUCUUUUUUGCGAUUAUGGAUGCUGAGUAAAAAGGCAGAUAUAGCCUCUUGCUUCUAUUAUGUGGCAGAUUGCAGAUUUAUGUGGUCAGAUAAGUUGCAUUGCUGGCAUUCUGUAUUGUUUAAAAGAGAGGAUGUAUUGUUUAAAAGCAUGGAUAUGUAUAUUUUUAAAACUGAGUCUUAAAUUUAAGUAUAAAGGGAAGGAAACACCAAAUGAGGAAAAAAUUGCCUUUAAGAGUUACUUUUAUUGAAUGUAUUUGACUUAGUUCUUUUUGUAAGAUUGAAAAAAUCAUCCUGUUUAGAUCAGGCAUCUUUCUGCUUUAAUCUUAGCCCUUAAUUCAUGCUUUGCUUUCGUGGGGUAAAGGGAGGAUAGCUGUGAAGUAUUUGUGCUGGAGAGAGGGGAAGAAACUCAUCCGGAUGUGGAAAUGGCAUCUGGUGGUCUUUCUGAUGUUAGGUAGGCUGCUCUGCUUGCCUUGGUUGUGAAGUCAAAUGGAACCCAGCUCAGGCAGUUGUUUGUUUUCAGUAAGCCAGUUAACAAUGAAUAAAAGCUUCUGCCAAUCAUGGAUCAGCAUUUCUUUAAAAAUAUAUACAUAAACUUAUAGAAAGUUUAUUUUGAUUGAAAAACGCUCUCUGAAAUUCUCUGAUCUUUUGUAAUGGAAUCAGUUAAACUGUGAGCUGGAUUCCAUCUUUCUUUUCUAACAUUCCGGUUACAGCGUGCCUCACUUGAAGAAAGUCCCCUAGGUAAACAAAUACGGCAAACUCAUGCGUUCAGUAGACGCUGAGUGCCUCCCGUAAGCAUUCACUGUGCAGUCGUAGUACAGCGGAGUUGAGUACUUUCACAGAGUUCUUCAGUUUAUCAAAAGGGUCGCUACAGGGUGUCUUUACAACCAUGGCCUCCUAGUAUAUUUAAAAUAAGAGUCUCGUUGUAAAAACUCUAUUUGCACAUCUUUUAGGAAUACUUCGAUUAGGGAAGAUGCGGUAAGCCUUUAUGGUGGACAUGGAGACAGAUCUUUGUAUCUUGUCACCAUAUAAUCUUCUCAGUAUUCUACCUACAGCAGUAUUUAGGGGUUUCUAAGCCAUAUCCAUUUAUUCUCAAAUACUUAGCCUUUAUUUUCAAACUCUGAACUGAAAUCUUCCUGGAAUGGUACUUUAAUAAUAGAUUUAUAUUAAUUUAUAUUCACUAGAGUAUUGAGUUUCCAGUGACCUAUAAUUGCAUUACAUAUAUUUAAAAAUUUAAUUUAUUUUAGAUAGUUUAACUUGUUGCUACAGAGCUUAACUUUUUUAAGGCUUAAUCUUAUAUGUUCAGAAGAUUCUAGCCAGUUAAAUUAGUUCUGGUCAAACAGUUGGACAUUGGCUUGUAAAUAACCACAUCAUAAAAAAUAUAAUAUUACUCCUGCCAACCAAUUCUCUUCCUGAUUACAUUCUUUGGGUCUGUUUUCCUAAUGCCAACAAUUAGAUUCUUGGACCAAGUGAAGGCAUACUCUGAUCCACAAAGCUCUUUUUAUAAACCAGUUUUGAUGUGUGUGUAAAUGUGCAUAUCUGUGUAUGUGUGCAUAUGCUGAAAUAGUAUAGCUCUCUCUGAGAUACACAGACUUCUAACAAGGUUUUGUUACUCUGGGCUGCCAGUAGCACUUGGGCAAAGGGGAAUGUGCAGUAAGAAGAGAUCUGUGGAUUUGGGACAUCGUGCUCCCUGUAGCACACAUCAGCUAUGUGGACAUUUUGAGGGUAAUUUUAAUUUAGUUCUGUUCUCUUGUUGGUGCCAAUGUUAUACUGAGGACUCUCCCUACGAUGAAGGCAAUGUUUCUUUGAAAAUCUCCCCUUAUCUCCCAGGACUUUACUCUUUGGUGAUCUGUCUAUUUUCUUACUUUCUCUAAGUGCUUUAUCCUUCUUUUCUGAGAUGCCUUCUGAGGGACGCUGACCUCCCACUAGGGAGAGGGGAGUUACUGGGAGGACCCUCAGGGGUAGCCACACUGCCAGAAGCAACCUAUUUUACUGAGAAUGGUCUGAAUGGCAGAGAGUGAAUCCUGAGUAUGGAUUGGUAGAGGGAGGAUGUUGAUUCUUUCUGUCAUUCUUUCUGGCUUUCCUUUCAACACCCCUUGUUUCAGGGGCCUCUCCCCUUAGCAUCCUUUAAAAGUUUUUCUGAUGAAUGUGUAAGAAUUGAUUAUGUCAACGGUAUUAGUUAAGUCAUAGCAAUGAAGUACUGAGAAGGUUAUGGAUACUAGUAAGAAACAAGUAGGUUAAGAUAAAGCAUGAGUACCAAAGAGAAUUUAACUGCCAUUUUUUUUUGAACCAAAAUCCUAAGUAACUCUAAAUGCCUUAGAUAUCAGUUAAAGUUGUACUGAGAUGGACAAAGCUCUUUCUCUGCAAAGGGAGUAAUCAAGUUAAUGCCUGUUCUCUUUCAAUAAACAGUUAUUUAUUGAGCAUUGUGGAUGCCAUGUUUUCAGAUUUCCAGGUAAAUUCAUGACCUUACUUGUUUGGCUGCACAGGUGAAUCGGGUGGAAAGGCCUUGGUCAACCAGCAUUUAAUGAGCAGUAGCUUAAUGCAGAGCACUCGAGAGGCAGCAUAGCAACAGAAAGGGAGUAUGGGUGAGUUGUUGGGUGCCCUUCUAGAUCAGGGAUGGGGAAUGUAGAACGUCUGUGCCACCAUUCUUUCAAGGUGGCGUUAUGAGUGAGGGGCACUCCUUUCCUCUGUGCCAGGAAUUAGUCUCAGAAUCUAUGUCAUCAAUACUUCCAGGCAUCCAUUACAGUCCGUCAGAGUGAGAUGAAGCCUAUUUGUCAUCCCUCCCUUAGACAGAGGGGUGAAUGAAUUAGGUGAGUAGAUACCACCCAAUAUGGCUUUGAAAGCAGUGAGCUGAUUCAGCCCAGUUCCCAGUUCUUAGUAGUACUUACUGUCUACCAUGUGCAAGACAAUGCUAAGAACUGGGGAUACAGACAUAAAGAAGCCACCAUCCCUGACCUUGAAGAGCUUACAGCCUUGUGAAAAUGUUUGCAGUAAUCAUGACUUGAGUGUCCUCAAAGACACCCACUUUUGUCAGGCACACUGGGGCUCCCCGGCCUGGCCACCUGUUAAGUCCUGGCACAAACUAUCCAUUGCUUCAUCAUUUACUAACAAACAUCAUGAACCAGCUUAUCUCUAAAUUUGAACAUCACAUCCUAUGUUUUCGUUUUGUUGUGGUAUGCUUUUUUUCUCACUACUUUUCGUAGUCUUCUCUGUACUUCAUUUUUUGAAAAAAAAAUUGUAUGUGGCCUGCUUGACUUAAAAAUACUUACUAGCCACCACAGCCUAUGUAGCUGAGGGCUCAGCAGCUUGAUCCUGUGAAAAGGAGGCACAAAGCCAGGGAAGUAAGUACUGGGAGAGAGGCAAGCUGUUUGCAUGUGUGUUUAUACCUAUGCCUUUAAGAUACUUUUAUAAAAAGUAUUAAUAAAGAAAUGGUCGUUAGGAUACUAGUCCUGACUGAAAGUCAGUUGAUUUUGCCUUUGUGAUUUUGCCUAUCAAAGGGUAGUUUUCCAUCCUUAUGGUUCAUUCACAUAAUAGUAUUUGUUUUUCAUUUUCUUGUGUUAACUUAGGAACACGAUAUAAAAUACACACCAAAUGGCACAUACUGACUUCUGCACUUGACAUAACCAUUUUUAUCCAUUCCUACAGGAGAUGGGUUAAAUGUAAAAGAUGGCCAAUUUUGAGGAGCAAAAGGGUGCUGAAAUGACUGGUAAGGUCGGCUGCUGCUUUCUCAAUUGGAUGCCAUGGUUUAUUACUAGUGAAGAAAAGGAAAAUGUAAUUUGCAUUAUUAUGUCAUUUUUCUAAAAAAAAGUCUUAAUAGGGGCUCUUUAGAUGUCUACAAUGUUUUCCUAUGUAGUGGUCAUUUUAGGAAAAAUGAUAAUCUGUAGAAUGAAUAGUUAUGUUUGUUAUGACUGAUACUUUCUUUGUUGAAAAGUUUGUAUUGAGUCUUCAAUUUCAAGUGUGGCUUAAAAUGUAGACAUUAUCAUCUGAUUCAUUUAAAUGCAAGGAUGCCUCUGAAGCACUCAUUCAAACAGCAUUCGUUUUGUGUUUAUGACUAGAAGUAUAGAAGAACAUCUCUUCAAAUAAAAUAGUUUUAAAUCAG